AUGGCCCCAGAUAGCGACACUAUCGUAGUCCAGCUACCAGAAGACCUCCGGACCCCAAGCAUACUGGAAGACGAAAUGGAGACCGAAGAAAGGCACCAAGACAACCCAACAACACCCAUCGAGCAGACCACCCAAGAAACACCAAGAGACUUUACGGAACUAGGCAGGGUUACGCAGCAAAUGACUGAGAAGUUUACAGCACAGCUUGCGUGCCAGACUGCAACGCUUACAAGCGCCUCCUAA